CAAAGCACGAGUGCCCGUGGACUCGCCACCGCGUUCGACCGCCGCGUUCUUCGACCGGCUGCCAUCGAGUUAGCUCCAAAGUUUCCGCGGCAUCCGCACAAGUUGAAUUUCAAAUCGGUUCGCCUCCGCUUGGUUCAACGGCGUCCCAGUGUGGCGAUUGGUUCCGCGGAAACCGCAGGUUGAACGCGAAUCGCGCAAGAGUGACAAUUCCGCGUCCGUCGCUGGGCGGAAAAACCGCAUCCUGAGAUAUUGGUCCGGACAGUCAUCGGCGUCGUCACGCCGCGCAGACAUCGCCUGGAAGUGGCUUACCAAGCUCAGCGCCUCAGAAAGAGGACUGUUCAGAGUGAAGUGAAUCGCGUAGGACAAAUAGUGCGGAGGAUACGGAGACUCGUUUGUGCGUCGAUUGACACGGGGGAAAAGUGACGAGGUCAGUGGGUUGAUCGCCUGGCGUCGACGGACACCGCCGCGGUGCCGAGGCCGGUGCCGUCCGCCGGACGAUUAGGCCUAAUUAAUCGGACGGACGCGGAGUUCGGCGAGAAAACGCGGCUUCACGCCGGCUCAGGGCGAAGUGGUUUCGGCCGGCGCGGAUUCCCGGGUUCUGAUAGCCGUCGGAUUAAUGUACUUGCUUCGGGAGGAUGAUGAUGAUGGACAUGGGCAUGUACGGGACCUACGGCAAGCCUGACUCCUAUCCGAACUACGGUUUCGCCGGACAAACGGGCCACCAGCCCGCCGCUCACGGGCCGCUUCCGCAGUCCCCCGAGCUCGCGACUACCCAUUAUUAUCCCCAGACCGCGGUCGCCCCGUAUUCAUCCUCGUCUUCGGAGCCCUUUCUACCCUCCGGGGAGUCUGGGCCGUCCAGCACUCCACCCCAGGGCUUCUACUCGCCGACGGGUGCCGUCCUCCACGAGGACGGGACCGCCAUUAUAUCCUCGGAGAACGGGCUCAGCUACACCAACCUCGACUAUGCCUCCUACCCUGCUCAGCACCCCGGCUGUCUUCCGAACGCCGACCCGCACCACCCCCAGACUUACCACAUCCAACCGACCGGGUACAGGGAAGAUCCGCCGGGCCUCCACCAACCCGUUCCCGUUGUCCAGGCCCAUCAGCACCCCGAGCACGAGCAGAUCCAUCAUCAGCAAUCUAGUCAUCACGAGGUCGACUACCAGAUCACUCUCGGUGGAUCCUCCAACUACCUUCACCAGCUCCCCGAGGACGCUCUACACUAUGGCCAGUCCUCCAUCCACCAGUCGGAGUAUCCCGGUCAUCCCGCUGCUCACUACAAGGAAGAAACUCCCGACCCCACAGGAUAUCACUCGAUUCAGCAGUCCGCACACCAGCACCACUCCCACCAUCCUCUCGGACAUCCACAUACGCACCAUCACCAGCAUCCCCAUGGCCACUCACAUCCACAGCAACAGCAGCAGCAACAGCAACAACAACAGCAAGCUCAGGUGCCCACCUAUAAAUGGAUGCAAGUUAAGAGAAACGUGCCAAAACCAGUGGCGCCAAAGACGAACCCCCCCGGUAACGAAUUCGUCGGCAGCGCGGUGGGCACCUCGGGAACGACGGUAUACGCGACUUCGGCAACGGGGGCAGUGAGCUGCCUGAGCAGUGGCACCCUGGCUGGGAUCCCGGGUGGCUUCAACAACACGGGUCGCACGAACUUCACGAACAAGCAGCUGACCGAGCUCGAGAAGGAGUUCCACUUCAACAAGUACCUGACGAGGGCGAGGCGGAUCGAGAUCGCCUCGGCGUUGCAGCUCAACGAAACGCAGGUGAAAAUCUGGUUCCAGAACAGGAGGAUGAAGCAGAAGAAGCGGAUGAAGGAGGGCCUCAUUCCGUCGGACAACGCUGCCACUUCCGGUCAGCUUAAUCAGCUCGGUCAAUUGAGCGGGGCACGAAGCAGCAGCAGUUCGCCAACCGGGUCGAACCUCGAAGUGGCUGGUAUCGGACUGGCCAAUUUCACCAGCGACAACAGCAGGGAAUCCCCGAAUUCUUCUUCCAAGGAAUGAGCCGCUGCCCCCGCGUCAUUCUGGGCCGUUUGAAUAUUGAAGCGGCGUUUUUGCCGACACCGAAAAGGGGUGAAACGGAAAAAGUGGAAAGAUUUCGAAGAUCGUGCGAUGCGUUGUUUUUCGGACCUCUUCUUGACCCCGCAGUGACACGUGGUGUUGAGCUUCGAA